AUGAGAAUAUGCUGUAUUAUUCAGAUUCUUGUAUUCUUGUAUAUGAAAUGGGAUCCAAAAACCGCUUCAACAUCUACUCUCGUAUUGCUUGUUUUUUAUUUGUAUUUCUAUUCCUAUUACAUUUUUUGCGAUGAAAAAGAAAUACCAUUUGUGAGAUUCGAUGAGGAAGAUUGGAAUUAUUUGAGCAACAUCUGUCCAUUUUUCGUGAUUGCUGUCUCUUGGACUUAUAUGUUCACUGUUCGACAGCCAGAGUUCGUGCUUCACUGUGCUUACCACGUCAUCAUAUGCAUCUUCUCAAUGAAUUUAUACAAAAUAAAAAGCGAUGAUCGAGUAUCACUCAAUCAAAUCGCCAUGGCUCAAUCCGUCCCACCAGGAGACAUCCAAACCCAACCCAACGCCAAGAUAGUCUUCAAUGCCCCGUACGACGACAAGCACACCUACCACAUCAAGGUGAUCAACUCGUCUGCUCGCCGCAUCGGAUAUGGUAUCAAGCCCACCAACAUGAAGCGUCUCGGAGUUGAUCCAUCAUGUGGAGUCCUCGACCCAAAGGAGGCUGUCCUUCUUGCCGUUUCUUGCGAUGCUUUCGCUUUCGGACAAGAGGACACAAACAACGACCGUAUCACUGUUGAGUGGACCAACACUCCAGAUGGAGCUGCCAAGCAAUUCCGUCGUGAAUGGUUCCAAGGAGACGGUAUGACAGAAACAAAAAGUGAUAUCGAUGAGUUGGAUCAACGGAGCAUGAUAAUUCAUUGGCUCAUUUCACUGCUUUUCGCCGUCGGAGCAGUUGAAAAUUAUGAUGGCGACGAGGAAUUGAGUUGCAAACGUCGACACGGUGGCAUUCCACUUCCACUCGGAGUGUUCACUGUUCAGAAAGAAGGAUUUCCAGAUGCUCUGCCAGCAAUUCGAACUGCUCUAUCUCAUGUACAUACUCGAUCAUGUAUUCUUCAAGGAUAUCGUCUCGAAAUGAUAGUCAAAGACACUCAUUGUAAAACAUCACAAGGAAUGAAGGCAUUGUUCGAUUUGAUUGCUUCGAGACCUCGACCUGUUGCUAUUCUUGGAGGACAAUGCACUGAAGUGAAUGAACCAAUUGCAAUGGCCCUCAAAUAUUGGCAAAUCGUUCAACUAUCAUAUGCAGAGACUCAUGCCAAAUUCGCUUCCUCUGAUUCCCAUGAAUUGUUUCCUACAUUCUUUCGUGUUGUACCUGGAAAUCGAAAUACGAAUAUGGCAAAAUGCAAGUUUGUGAAUCAUUUCGGAUGGAAAAGAGUUGGAACUGUGAAGCAAAACGAUCAACCGAGAUACGCGUUGCCUCACGAAGCAUUGACGACUCGUCUCGAACAUGGUUUCGGUGUGAAGAUUGUGCACACAGCCGGUGUCAAUUGGGAACAAAUCGAGACUGUCGGUGCAGAACUUGACGAGCUAAAGGAGAGAGAUGUUCGGAUUAUUCUUGUUGACGUGGAUGAAGAGAUGGCAGCUACAGUAAUCUGCGCAGGAUAUCAUCGAGGGAUGUACGGAGAUAAUUAUGUUUGGAUUCUUCCUGGAUAUCACUCUGAUAAAUGGUUGAACAAGACACAUGACAAUUGCACGGCUGAAGAAAUGAAAGAAGCUGCAAGAAAUCAUUUUUCAGUGGAAUUUGCAUUGACGAGAAGAGAUGUGGAUACGAAAAUUGUUGGGAAUACGAGGGCCGGUGACGUUUGGGAGGAAAUAAGUAAACUGGAUCCAAACAACACAUGGAGAGGAUAUCUCUACGAUGGACUGUGGACUCUAGCUAUCGCUUUGAGCCAUUCGAUGGGUGAUAAUGCAGAAUUUUCACAUCAUAAAAUGAUCGAGGCUAUCGAUAAUUCAUCAUUCCAGGGAUUAACGGGUAAAGUGAAAUUUGUGAAUAAUGAGAGACUUGGACUAGUGGAUAUCAAACAAUGGUCAGAAGGACAGUAUAUUCCAUUUGCAAUGUACGAUGGAGCAGAAGAUGAAUUCAAAAUAAUUGAAAGUACAUCGAAAGGAUGGUCUCCUCCGUUGGAUUCAACUAUUACCGAACGUCGUCGUGAACACAUUUCGUCUCUUUUAUUCUUGGCAAUGUCACUUUUAGCUCUUAUUGGAAUUUUCCUGGCUCUCAUAUUCUUGUUAAUCAAUUUCAGAUACCGUAAUCAUAGAUUUAUCAAAAUGUCAUCACCAAACCUCAACAACAUAAUUAUCGCUGGUUCCAUUUGUACCUUUGCAUCUGUAAUAAUGUUGGGUUUAGACACUCGAAUAGUGUCUCCAGAUGGUUUCGUGUGGUUGUGCUACAUGAAAACGUGGACACUUUGCCUUGGAUUCACACUUUCAUUUGGUGCGAUGUUCUCAAAAACAUGGAGAGUUCAUUCGAUAUUUACGAAUAUUCGAAUGGAUCGGAAAGCCAUCAAAGAUUCGAAAUUGUUCUUGAUUCUUGGAGUUCUACUUUUUAUCGAUUUAUGUGUUCUCGUCACUUGGGCUUUCAUUUCUCCGUUCUCUUAUACGGUUACGGAACUUCCACACAUUCCAGAAGACAACAUCGUGAUAAUCCCAGAAGUCGAAAAGUGUUAUUCGUCUCAUUCUGGUGUCUUCCAAGCCGUUCUCUAUGCAGUUAAAGGAGUCCUCAUGAUUCUCGGAUGUUUCCUCGCUUGGGAGACUCGUCAUGUGAAUGUUCCAGCUCUCAAUGACAGUAAAUACAUUGGAACAAGUGUAUAUUGUUGUGUUGUCAUGAGUGUAUUGGGACUAUCAACUAGUGUUAUUCUACAAGAACGGGUCAAUGAAAUGUUCAGUCUUGCCUCAUUUUUUGUUAUUUUCUCGACAACUCUCACACUUUGUCUCGUUUUUGUUCCAAAGGUAAUUGAAUUGGCUCGGAAUCCAGUUGGCAACGAGCCAAGAGCAUAUCGACGUGGAUUAAUGAAGAGUGUUGUAGCAAAGACAUCUCAACCAAUGUCACCUCAGCCUAGAUCAGAUAGUUCGGGUGAUUUGAUGAAUAAAGCAGAAAGCGAAAAUAAACUGCGGAGGCGUUAUUUACACCAGAAAUCAACUCAAUUAUGGGAUUUAGUAGAGAAGUUGAGAGCACGAGGAGACACUCAAUUCCUUCAACAAGGUAUGAUUUAA